AUGGAGACAUUCAAUUCUUUUAGGAAAGUUGGUAAGACAGUAGGUUACGUAUUUCUUGGUGGUGCCCUUUCUAUUUAUAUUGUAAAAUCAAUAAUUAAGUCAAAAAGAGACGCAAAAUUUAAACCUCAAGCAAUGAUCGAUGACUAUGAGGUCGCAUUAAAUCAGAGUAAAGACAAAAUGAUAGAUGAUUACUAUGCAAAUAUAGCGCAAGUUAAACCUGGGUUCCCAUUACCAAAAUCUGCUUCAAAUAAGGGUAAUAGUAAUGGAGACCCUAAUGUUGAAAAUGCGCAUGCUUUUCAAAGGAAAAGUAAGUAUGAAGCUGGUGGUGUGAGUGCCGUAACGAGAAAAAGAGGUGAUAAAUUAGGUUUUUGGAACAGAAGAAGUAAUAAUGAUUAA